CUAGAGGCCUGCUCGCCGAGCUCUUGGCUCAUGGAUCAUGACCCAGUCCGCCGCCCAUCGCUGAGCAUCGCGGACUUUGCCUUCUGUGGCAUGCUCGGGGAGGGUCAGUUCGGCCGCGUCAUGAUGGCGAGGAACACCCGAACGCAGGACAUCGUCGCAGUCAAAGUGCUGCGCAAGCAGUUCCUCGUCUCCAAGGGCGCCCGCACCAUCUCUGCCGCCAUCUCGGAGAAGCAGGUGCUGCAAGAGAUGGCGUCGAAGCGCCACCCGUACAUCGUCUCGCUGCUGCACUCCUUCCAGGACGAGGCGCACCUUUACCUCAUCAUGGACUUUGUCGGCGGCGGCGACCUCUUCUCUCUCAUCGAGAAGAAGGGCCGCCUGCCCGAGGCGUGGGCCAUCACUUACUCCGCGGAGAUCGCGCUGGCGCUGGCGCACGUGCACUCGCACGGGAUCGUGUACCGCGACCUCAAGCCGGAGAAUGUGAUGGUCUGCAUCAGCGGCCACCUCAAGAUGACCGACUUUGGGUUCGCCAAAAAGAUGGAGGGAGCCGCGACGCGCGGCAGCUGCGUGGGCACGCCAGAGUACAUGGCGCCGGAGCUGCUCAAGGGCGAGGUGUACGGCGUUGGAGUCGACUGGUGGACGCUCGGCUGCCUGCUGUACGAGAUGGUCGUCGGCCGAGGGCCGUACUCGAACGACGACCUGCAGCUUCUCGUCAAGGCGAUCACGACGGAGGAGCCCGUCAUCCCUUCCGGCGUCUCGCAGCCCUGCCGCGACGUCGUCGGCGGCUUGAUGCAGCGAGACACGAGCGCGCGCUGGACCGGCGAUCGGCUGCGGGGCGAGCCUUUCUACCGCGAGCUCGAUUGGGAGGCCCUCUACCGCAUGGAGGCGCCUCCGCCCACCCUGUCCUUGCUCGAUACUCUGUCGCAUGGAGGCUCGAUACUCUGUCGCAUGGAGGCUCGAUACUCUGACGAGGCCGCCGCCUCCCGAUUUGCGGUCGAGCUCUGCUCCACACAACAGUUGACCGACGCGAUUACUUCGUAG